AUGGGGAAGGAUUGUAGUGGCGGGAUUUUCAGCCCUACGUGUUUGAAAAUAGAAGCUAUAUCGCUAUUGGAGAAACUUAAUUCAAAGGAGGAGCUCCAGUUGUUGCCUGGUGUAAGUGUGGUGAAGGAAGAUAAGGAGAAUGGGAGUAAAGCUGAUGAAUUUGCCGCGGAAUUGGCAAGAGCGCUGCCUUCAAAACCAGACGAGAGAUUGGAUAAAUAUCUGCUCUAUAGAUUGGGAUCUUACUUGGAUUCGCAUUCAGUGAAACUUAGGCUGUUAGAUGAUGGUGCUACUGAAGAUGCGAGGGCUUUGAUUAGUGAAGGAAGAGGAAAAGGAGGUGGCCUGGGCGGUGGCAAGAAAGGCGGUAUGGGUGGAUUGUUAGCCGCCGGGCUUAUGAUGAAAGGUACAAUGAUGUCACUAGGCUUAGGAGCGCUCGCGCUUUUAGCGGGCAAAGCGCUGAUGACCGCUCUAAUGUCUCUCCUUCUCUCCGCUGUCAUUGGCCUGAAAUCUCUCUCCUCAGGCGGUAAAUCCACGACGUAUGAAAUCGUUUCUAAACCUGUUUACAGCCAUUCUCAUUCCCAUUCAACUGCGCAUGAAGAUGUAGGAGGUUACGGCCAUUCAGGGUACGGCAGAAACUUAAAGGCUAGACGCUAA